UAAAGGUCCUUGGCUUCUUUCUCUCAACUUGCCUCUCUUACAACCUUAUUACACAACUCUUUUCAUGUCCUGUUCUUAAUUCCACUCUCACUAAAUACCUCUCCAAUUUUCUUGCUUCUGUAAAAAUCACAGUUCUCAUUUUGAUUAUAAUGCCAAAUGAAGAAAAUUCUUUGGUUUUUGACGCAUCUAUUUCUCAACACCAGUGCAAUAUACCAUCACAAUUCGUAUGGCCAGAUAAUGAAAAACCUUGCCCCGAGCCACCACCGAUACUAAAUAUCCCUACUAUAGAUUUGGGUGGCUUUCUCUCAGGUGAUUUGGACUCGGUUACUUGUGUUAUCAACCAGGCAUGUAGAGAAUACGGAGUCUUCCUCGUUGUAAAUCACGGGGUUGAUUUGGCUCUCGUCGAGGAAGCUCACAAGGGAAUAGACUAUUUCUUUGGGAAGCCACUCGACGAGAAACAAAGGGCCCGGAGAAAAAUUGGUGACCACUGUGGCUAUGCUAGUAGUUUUACUGGUAGAUUUUCCUCCAAACUUCCCUGGAAAGAGACACUUUCUUUUCAUUACAGCGCUGAUCUUCAGUUGUCCAACAUUGUCGAGAGCUAUUUCUUGAAUGUGAUGGGGGAGAAUUACAGAAAAUUCGGGAGGGUUUGCCAAGAAUAUUCUGAAGCCAUGAGUAGUCUCUCUCUUAAUAUCAUGGAGCUCCUGGGAACGAGCCUCGGGGUGGGACCAGCUUGUUUCAGAGAAUUCUUUGAAGGAAAUGAUUCUAUAAUGAGAUUAAACUACUACCCUCGUUGUCUAAAUCCUGAUCAAACUCUUGGGACAGGCCCUCAUUGUGACCCUACUUCCUUAACUAUCCUUCAUCAGGAUAAUGUUGGUGGCCUUGAAGUUUUUGUAGAUGAAAAAUGGCAUUCCAUUCCUCCCAAUCCACAAGCUUUUGUAGUCAACAUUGGUGACACGUUCAUGGCUCUAUCGAAUGGGAUUUACAAGAGUUGCUUGCAUAGAGCAGUUGUAAACAGUAAAGUUCCAAGGAAAUCCUUGGCAUUCUUUCUUUGUCCAAAAAUGGACAAAAUGGUAAGCCCUCCAAAAGAAUUGAUAUGUGAAGAAAAUCCAAGAAUAUAUCCAGAUUUCACAUGGCCGGCUCUUCUCGAAUUCACACAGAAGCAUUACAGAGCUGACAUGAAAACACUUGAAGUUUUCACCAACUGGCUUCAACAAAAAGGCAGUUAAGAUACUGGCACACUGAACGGUCAAAGAUAGAGAAAAGUCAAUUACAAGAAAUACAUGAAGAGGAGAAAAAGAAGAGUUGGAGAUUGUCUAAAAGAAAAAGGAAGCCGAAGAAUGAAACGGAAAGAAAGGCAGUCAUAUAAGUACUGUUACAGUUUAUUCUGUGCUUGAUAUCUGGGGGAAAAAAAGGGGUAAUUUUGUGAGAUUUAUGUGAUCUACAAGCUUCUUGCAUGGAUAAAUUAUUUUUAAGAGUGUUUAUAUAUCAUUUCAUUAAUAUUGAGUUAACUUUGCCUCGUGUGCAUGCAUGACUAUUGACUCGCAUAGUUGAAUCCUCCAAACAAUCUAUUGUCAAAGUGAUGAAAAGCCUGUUUGAUCCCAGUUUUAUUGUAGAAUGUAUUUUGGAAAAGUAGAUUGAUAGAAAAUGUACGAUUA